AUGACCUCCACCAUGCCUCCCCAGAACACAGAGGCUGACGCCAUGCAGGUCGGAUCUCUGGUGGGCGGGGUUAAGGCCAAAAACUCCACCGCAUCAGGCUUGGAAGAGGAGAAAGGAGGUGCGGUUGGCGAGACGGAUGGAAAGGGAGGAGGGGGAGGAGGUCGAGGAGGGGAAGAGUCGGCGAGCGAGGGAUCGAUCGAAGGCAUUUCCUUGAAGAGAUGGGUGAUGCACGGGGCUGUGAUGUUCGGCAGGGAGUUCUGCUACGCCAUGGAGACAGCACUGGUGACGCCCGUGCUGCUGCAAAUAGGUCUUCCAGAGCAGUACUACAGUUUGACGUGGUUCCUCAGUCCAGUCCUCGGCCUCAUAUUCACCCCUCUGAUCGGCUCGGCCAGUGACCGCUGUACUCUGAAAUGGGGCAGACGGAGACCGUUCAUCCUGGCUCUCUGUAUAGGAACACUGAUCGGAGUGGCGUUGUUUCUGAAUGGAUCACUGAUAGGUCUGUCGCUAGGUGACGAGCAGGGGAGACAGCCAAUAGGGAUUGUUCUUACUGUGCUGGGGGUGGUGGUGUUGGACUUCUGCGCAGAUGCAACAGAGGGACCAAUAAGAGCUUACCUGUUAGACGUGGCAGACACAGAGGACCAAGACAUGGCGCUCAACAUUCACGCAGCCUCAGCAGGUCUCGGGGGUGCAGUGGGCUACGCUCUUGGGGGUCUAGACUGGACACACACCUUCUUGGGAGUAAUCUUUAAGUCUCAGGAACAGAUUCUGUUCUUCUUUGCCGCCAUCCUCUUCACUGUGUCUGUGGUGUUGCAUCUGCUCAGCAUUGAGGAGCAGCAAUACUCGCCACAUCACGACAGGCUGGACCAGGAGACUCCAGAUCCCACCCACCCUCAACCUUCUGCCAAUGGCAGGGCUGGACUUCUCGCUCCCAAGCUGGAAAUGAUUGGAGAGGAUGAAACGAUGGACAGCUAUGACCUGUACGACCCCUAUGGAGAUGACCAGUCAGAGCGUGGGGACAUGGACUUCCUAGAAGUGGAGCUUGUGAGAAGUAAAAGUGACAGUGUUCUUGCCAUGGCAGACGCCACCCUUGACCACCUUGACCAUGACGCGUUGUUCCUGUGCCACAUAGAGCCGUCCAUCUUCACUGACCGCCUCUCACCCUAUCACCACUCGCCUCCUACGACCUCUUCCUUCUUCAACGCCAAUCGCACCACCCCUCCUCCCCAGGUCGCCAGCAUCAGACGCAGCAGCAGUGCAGGAAGUCAGGAUCUGCUCCGCCCCCAAAACAGCAACCACCAAACACAUGCUCCCACCCCCAAAAUUUGCCGCCUCUCGGCAUUCUUACAGGAAAUGGAGAAUGACGAGGGACAGGAGGCGUUGCUGAACAACCAGCUCAAUGAGCAGCGGACACUGAAUGGGCGGCUGAUGGCCGGUGUUAAUGCUGACAGAGAUGCCAGUGCUAACAGGAUGAGUGCUAAAGGACAGGCUCAUCGUGCUGGGAUGGUCAAAGCUGCCAGCACUGGAGCUCCCACACGGCAGUCACGUCACCAUCACACCUUCUACCGCCAGCCGUCCUGCACCUUCUCCUACUAUGGCCGAGUGGGGAGCCAUCGCUAUCGCUAUCGCCGAGCCAACGCCGCUUUUCUCAUCAAGCCGUCUCGCAGCAUGAACGACCUGUACGAAGUGGAGACCAGACACCGCAGGAGGCACAAACGGAGGAACAGAAACUGCAGUGGAAACACAAACUCUUCCAGCGGAGACGCAGAGAGCGAAGAGGGCGAGGUGGAGACCACCGUGCGGCUGCUGUGGCUCUCCAUGCUGAAAAUGCCUCCGGAGCUGCUACGGCUGUGUGUCUGUCACCUGCUAACCUGGUUCUCCAUCAUCGCAGAGGCUGUCUUCUUCACAGACUUCAUGGGACAAGUUAUCUACAACGGAGAUCCUACUGCUCCUAUUAACUCUACUGCGCUGGAAAAUUAUCACAGAGGAGUUCAGAUGGGAUGUUGGGGACUGGUUAUAUAUGCCAUGACGGCUGCUACAUGCUCAGCUAUCCUUCAGAAAUACCUGGAUAACUUCGACCUGAGCAUCAAGGUCAUCUACAUCCUGGGAACACUUGGAUUCUCCAUCGGAACUGCUGUCAUGGCGCUGUUCCCUAACGUUUACGUUGCCAUGGUGAUGAUUAGCAGUAUGGGCAUCAUCUCCAUGAGUAUCUCCUACUGUCCUUAUGCUCUGCUGGGACAAUAUCACGAAAUGAAAGAGUACAUCCAGCACAGUCCUGGUAACUCCCGACGAGGCUUUGGCAUCGACUGUGCCAUCUUAUCCUGCCAAGUGUACAUCAGUCAGAUCUUGGUGGCCUCAGCUCUGGGUGCUGUGGUGGAAGCGGUUGGCAGUGUCUGUGUCAUUCCCAUGGUGGCCUCUGGGGGCUCCCUCCUUGGAUUCUUCACCGCCUGCUUCUUGGUCAUUUAUCCCACUCCCAACAACGGGGAAACCAAAGCUUCGGUCAAACGGGCUUUGACAACGCUGGAAAAUCCCAGUGGUAAUGAAGUGGCUGUUACCGUAGUGAAGGAGAAACCCAGCUUCCUGAAACUCAACAAGGAGGGCAAGGCUACCACCACGACCACUUCCUGUCACACAGAGAAUGAGUCUACUCUGUGAUCGGUUGGUCAGAGUCGACAGACAGGAGGAAGUCAGAGGUUAUAGCAGAAAACAAAUUAAGUCACUUUUAUAUUCAUCGCUGUCGGAAAAGACUUCAGGAUGUCCUCACCAUGCUGAAGAAGAGAGAGGAGGGUGGCUUGGUGUCUGUGUGGGCUUUUCUCUAAUUUGGUGUGCUGUA